CGACAUUCUCACUUCUAUGAGAGACAUUAAACUGCCAGUUGUCCGCUAUAGGUUCGGCAGGACUCCUGCCUCGCCUCUUUUCCAUCGACUUGUCCCUUGUUAUCAUGCGUCCACACCCGUAGCUUUCCGACAUCUGACGAGUGGAAGUACCGCAAUCAAGCGGAAGCACCGACUCCAAGCCAAUCGCAAGACGCUUUUCCAGGAUUCGGAUGGAUGAGUCUGCCUCAGCUUGUAGCCAUUCCGACCGGUACGAACAAAUAUAUGAUACAGGGGAUCUCAUUCUCCUUCUUGGUCCACACCAAGCGCCAUUGAAGGUGCAGUCAAGAUGCCUUCGAACGGCAUCGAAGGUCUUCGACGUUAUGCUUGGACCGAACUGGAGCGAAGGCCAAAACCUCUCUGAAGACAAGCCCAAGCCGGUCGACUUGAGCGACGACGAUUUCGGUGCAAUGCACACUGUCUGCUGUGUGAUCCAUCAUCGAAACGACCUAUUGACGCCAACUCUCGAUCCUGCAGACCUUCUCCGAGUUGCCAUCGUGGUUGACAAGUACGACCUCAGUGUAGCUAUGAAGUUCGCCCUCGCGCAAUGGCUCAAGCUUCGAGACGACAUGGACAUGAUACAGCUCGGGUUCAUGCUGGCAGCUGCAUAUCAACUUCGCCAUGACGAAUUAUUCGAGGAAACCACGUUAGCUCUGAUCAUACGUUGUGAUGCUUCUUAUUGGUGUCUUCCUGGGCAUGAAAUAAUCAACGAAGUCUUCAACAUAAAGACACCUGGAAAAGUACUUUACGUACUUGAGGAGAGACGAAACCGCAUGCGAGCAGAUAUUUUGCGCCUUCUUGGAUCAUCAGGGCCAAAGUGUUCUUGUGGUUGGGGCAAGGUGCAUGCACAGGGUCGUGAAAAGCGUAAGGCAAGGUAUGGACCGCUUGACUUAUUGAAAACGCCGUUGAGUCAGAUCAUCGACAGACUUGAAAGGAUCCCACUCGGGGAAUGGAGACCCGGCAGGCGAGAUAGACAUCAUGAAGAGGGCUGCAGCAGUGUCUCUGGAGCAUAUAUAGUGGUGGACUUAAACAAGCUGAUACUUCUUGCAUGAAGGAUGAAAGCAUUAGUCUCGUUCAUUCGCGUAGCAGAAUGCUUACUUUUGACAUUGCUCCAGACCGUGACCGGUAUUUUGCACAUCAC